CGAGGCAUUAGAGGAGGAAGACGAGGCCAUGGGGAGCGGGGCCAGCGCGGAGGACAAGGAGAUGGCCAAGAGGUCCAAGGAGCUGGAGAAGAAGCUGCAGGAGGAUGCGGAUAAGGAGGCCAAGACAGUCAAGUUGCUCUUGCUUGGGGCUGGAGAGUCGGGCAAGAGCACCAUCGUGAAGCAGAUGAAGAUCAUCCACCAGGAUGGCUACACGCCUGAGGAGUGUAUGGAGUUCAAGGCCAUCAUCUACGGCAACAUCCUGCAGUCCAUCCUGGCCAUCAUCCGCGCCAUGUCCACGCUGGGCAUCGACUACGCCGAGUCAUCCUGCGCGGAUGAGGGCCGACAGCUCUUCAACCUGGCUGACUCCAUCGAGGAGGGCACCAUGCCCCCCGAGCUGGUCAACUGCAUCCAGAAACUGUGGAAGGACGGGGGGGUGCAGGCUUGCUUCGAACGAGCUGCCGAGUACCAGCUCAAUGACUCCGCUGCAUAUUACCUGAACCAGCUGGACAGGAUCACGGCCCCCGGCUACCUCCCCAACGAGCAGGAUGUGCUGCGAUCCCGAGUGAAGACCACAGGCAUCAUCGAGACCAAGUUCUCUGUCAAAGAUCUGAAUUUCAGGAUGUUCGACGUGGGAGGGCAGAGAUCAGAGCGCAAGAAGUGGAUCCACUGCUUCGAGGGGGUGACCUGCAUCAUCUUCUGCGGGGCGCUGAGCGCCUAUGACAUGGUGCUGGUGGAGGACGACGAAGUGAACCGCAUGCAUGAAUCCCUGCACCUAUUCAACAGUAUAUGCAACCACAAGUUCUUUGCCGCCACAUCCAUCAUCCUCUUCCUCAACAAGAAGGACCUUUUUGAGGAAAAGAUCAAGAAAGUCCAUCUCAGCAUUUGCUUCCCAGAUUACGAUGGUCCCAACACGUUUGAAGAUGCGGGAAAUUACAUCAAGACCCAGUUCCUUGAUCUCAACAUGCGAAAGGACGUGAAGGAGAUCUACAGCCACAUGACCUGUGCCACAGACACGCAGAACGUCAAAUUCGUCUUUGACGCCGUCACGGAUGUCAUCAUCAAAGAGAACCUCAAGGACUGCGGCCUCUUCUGA